CAAAGACUACAGAAUCUUUCUAUUCCGUCCCCUCUGGAAACAACAGCGAGCAUUUGAACUACGAGAAGAACGAUACAGAGGAAGACUACAACUAUCGCCUUAAUCAGUACGCAGCUGGCCAGUCAUUUGAUCCUGCAGCAGAUUUCAACAACGUCGGUCCACGCUAUGUUCCAUUUUCACCGCAAUCAGACAGCGACCAGGAUGAUUCUUCACCCAACCUGCAAGCAUCUCAAUCUAAGGGCGCGAUUGGUACAGUACCUGCCAUGGGCCCAGAAUGGCAGGAAGACGAAAUAAAGGAUAUGUCGAAAUCUCACCGCCGUAAAGAGGCCAAUUGGGAUCGCAAGCACAAUGUUAAAAGCUGGUUUAGAGGACAACGUAAGUGUUUCGGUAUCACAAGAAAAACAGCAGUCUUUAUCAGCUUUGGUGUCAUUAUCGCGCUCAUUUUACUCCUUUAUUUCCUUAUACCACGUGCACCAACGUUUACAUUCAGAUCAACACCUCUCUUAACAGAUGAUCCUGAUAGCGCAUCAUUCCUGACAUACCCUACUACGAACUUUUCAUAUGAUGGUUCAGUGGCCAUCUCCCUUGAUACAACCACGAGUUGGAUACCGAUCAAAAUCAAAAACAUCGACGCGACAGUCUACGACGGUGAGACAAACAAUGAAGUCGGUACUGGUGGAUUCAAAUCUACACAAUCUUAUAGCAAAUCUGAUAACAUACACGUUAACGUGCCUAUUCAUUUUGCUUACCAAGCUUCGGAUCAGAAUGACCAGACAUGGGUGAACUGGCACGAUGCAUGCAGAUAUAGGUUCGCAGGAGAGGGUUCGUCCACUACACUCUCCAUCAAACUCAAAUUGGACAUGAAAGUCGAAGGAUUAACUAAAACAAGCACUGUAUCCCAAACUUCUGACAAUACCGUAGCUUGUCCAUUCACUUUACCGAGCGAUUCACCAUAAUAUUAUCAAUAGACUAUUAUCAUUUAAUUUACAACGACGAACGAACAAUUAUAACUUAUUUCAUUUUGUAUAUCAAUGGGCUAUACACCAAUCCAAUUGUCUUUCAUUAGCAAAAUUAAGUACCUUCGACUGUCUUACGUAACGAUCGCAGAUCGAGGGGUAUCCAGAUAUAUUGCUCUGGUCCACUGCCUUCUGUACCUUUUGGCGCAAUGCUUGAGGACGAAAGAAGACCGUGAUCUCUAAACUCAGCUAGACCAGCGUCGAAAGCAUCUUCUGAUGUUGCUAUAAAGUCCUGUUUGGCCAUCUGCACAAGUACGUGUCUCGGACUUGCGUACUGAGGUGUACCAUCGCUCUGCUGGGUAUUUGUCUGGGCUUCUAUUUGCUGCUUUGCUAUAGCGAUGAACAGCCUACGAGCUCUAUCUGGCACACUCGCAAGGACGUGUUUUGCACCACUGACUGUUGGCACUAUGCCAUUUGUCGUAUUAACCGCACCUUGUAAGACUGACGUUGCUUUAUGGCUCAUUUCAACAUAAUAUGGUUCGAGAGUUGUGAGAUCGUGCCACACCCAAUUCAAACCGACUGCUGAAUCCUGGGCUGGGAAUAGUAUAGGCGCUGCUAGAUGAUCGAUUGAGGCUAUUACCGAUAUUUUUGAUGAUCCUAGUACAUGUUUCAAGCUAUCGAGUGUCUUCUUCGCUCGUAGUGUUAUACUAUCGAUAUUGUGGAUGACGAUCACCAGUCUUUCUGUCUUAUCAUUAUUAUACCUAUCUAUGACGCUUUUUGUCAUAUCUUCGAGGCUAUCAGAGUUAUCGAAUUUGUCGUCUAACUUUUGAAUCUCAGUGAGGAUUUCUCUGAGUGUGAUGGAAGGAUUGAAAGCGUCUAUAGUCAUGGUGGUACAUUCUUCUGACAAUUCAGUCGCAAAGUCGUUAAUAGCUGCCAAUUUGCUACCUGCGCCUGUAAACAUCAAUGAGCGAUCUAAUAAAAACAAUUCAGCUUUCCAUUGUAGAUAACGUCUUCUGUGUGCUUCUCUAGGAACGUAUCUCUUCUUUGGAGCUCUAUCGAGAGUUUCACGUGUUUCCUUAGCAGUCAGUGGCGCGUAUGGGAACUCUGCAUUGCUUGAUUUCGCUGGCAUGUUUUGAUAUUGAAAGUAGACAUCAGAAGUUGUUUGUACGAUGAUUGGACGUGCAUUUCUCUUCUUCCGUUUCUUUACUGGAGGAUUAUCGAGCUCCUCCUGGCUGCUCCACUCUUCGUCUUCGUUCUGAUGGUUUAUUUCUUGGUC